GCCAAGUCAGCAGUUCAGCACCGCCGUUCUCAUCUUCAUCUUCUUCCUCUGCCCUCCCUGCACCGGCAGGCAGGCAGGUAGUCGAGGCCUAUAAGACGGGAGGCAGGGUCUCUUCUCCUCUCAUCACCACAACACAGCACAGCCGCUGAGUCCACAGCAGAGCAGAGCAGAGCAGCAUUCUUCUCUUCCAUUCUACUCAACGCAAAGUCUCUCUAUCUCAGAUCAGAUCAGAUCAGAUCGAGCGCUAGGCUGUAAGAUCCAACCAUGGCCCCCUCACAGGAAGUCGCGGCCCCCGCCGCCACCGCCACCAAGGAGCCAUCCGCCAACGGCACGCCCGCAGCCGCCCCCAAGACCAAGGCCCCGGCGCUGAACGAGCGGAUCCUCUCCUCCAUCACCCGCCGCUCCGUCGCCGCCCACCCGUGGCACGACCUGGAGAUCGGCCCGGACGCUCCCACAAUCUUCAACUGCGUGAUCGAGAUCCCCAAGGGGAGCAAGGUCAAGUACGAGCUGGACAAGAAGACGGGGCUCAUCAAGGUGGACCGCGUGCUCUACUCCUCCGUCGUCUACCCGCACAACUACGGCUUCAUCCCGCGCACCCUCUGCGACGACUCCGACCCCAUCGACGUCCUCGUCAUCAUGCAGGAGCCCGUCGUCCCCGGAUGCUUCCUCCGCGCCAAGGCCAUCGGACUCAUGCCCAUGAUCGACCAGGGCGAGGCCGACGACAAGAUCAUCGCCGUCUGCGCCGACGAUCCCGAGUACCGCCACUUCAACGACAUCAAGGAGCUGCCCCCGCACCGCCUCGCCGAGAUCAGGCGAUUCUUCGAGGACUACAAGAAGAACGAGAACAAGGAGGUGGCCGUCAACGACUUCCUGCCGUCGGAGGACGCCUACGAGGCCAUCCAGCACUCCAUGGAUCUCUAUGCCACCUACAUUUGCGAGGGCCUGAGAAGAUAGAUAGAUCCGGUGAUGCCGCCCCGCUUGCUGGAGGAUGUUGAUGAAAAAUUACUCGUGUCGAGAGCGAACAUACAUACAUUCUUGUUUUCAGUUACCUACCUGCAUACAUAUACAUACACAUACUAGUAUAUGAUAUGAUCGCCCAAAGCCUUGCGUUAAGGCAGUAGCAGCCAGAUAAACAGGGCAUUCUUUUCCCAACUACCUUAUGUAAUACGAUUUCCUGGCUGAAUGAAUAUGAGAUGUUGGUAUAUCUUUUUUCCCCCUA